AUGCCGCCACGCCUCACGCCAUUUAGAACCCUGAUCGGGACGAUGGAAAAAGUUGUCACACCGACGUUCACGCAAUCAACAAGGCCUCAUCCAAGGAAAACAAAGACAAGCCUAACUUCUGUUCUUAGGGUUUUAGUUUCAACAGUACGGAUAUGGGUUUUUAUGAUUCAAUUGUUGAUGGUAUCAGUUUCUUUGAUAAACAAGUGGUUAUCCUUAAUUUUAUGUACAAAAGCUUCUGAUUUGCUGAAGAAUCUAUCACUUGAUUCGCAAGCUAAGACUACAGAAAUUCAUGAGCCCACUAAGAAGGUGAGAUAUUUUCAUCAUAUGUCUUCUAUGGAUGCUGGGAAUGGUCUGGUUCAACCUACUAAUAGAUCUGUAACCCCUUUAAUCCUGGAUUUCAUGGAUCCAACAAUGGCUUAUUAUCCAAAUGGUUAUGCUUCCUCUUACUACUAUGGAGUAUCUAAUCCCCAACAGCAGCAACAACCAAAGGAACCUGAAACUGAUUUGACCAAAGUUAAUGAGGUCGGAAUGGAAACAUCUUAUGUAGAAGAGACCAAAUCUAGAGUAGUCAUGAAGGACCUUCAACGAUGCUUUGUUUAUUACACUAUGAUAGCGGAGAUGACGAUGUUGUUGAUAGCCCUAAACAAUGGUUAUCUUAAAAUAAAUUAUCAAAGAGAAAGUUAUUCCGAGUUGGGUUAUCUUAUCUUUCUUCUUGAAAUUCUUAUAAAUGUCUUGGUAAGACUUGUUGGACCUGAUGAUCAUAUGUAUCCCGAUUCUGUGGAUGUGCGUGAUGUGGAAUUUGGUUUGGGGAUAAGAUAUAACUCAAAACCCAAAGCAGCUCCUCCUACUGGCUCAGCUAUUAAGUCACUUAGGACAGGAGUGAUGCCUCAGUUCAAAAGCAGCUUUGUUGCUGCUUCAACUUCAUCCAAUAAUUAUGGAAAUCAGGGGAGCAAGAAAAUGGUAUUGUCUGGCUUUGUUUCUGGUGGAAUCAACUUCAAGAGGAUGAAUAUAUUAUGA